AUGACUAUUUCUGCCGAUACCACUGAGCGCGACCGCUUUUUUACCCUAUCGCUGGAUAUGCUGUGUAUCGCCGGUUUCGAUGGUUACUUCAAGGAACUGAACCCAAUGUGGGAAAAAACGCUCGGCUUUACAGUGGAGGAACUUAAAACCAAGCCAUUCAUCGAUUUUAUUCACCCUGAAGACCAAGAAUCGACAAUUGUUGAAGCCCAGAAGAUCAUGACAACAAGCGAAGAUGUCGUUUCCUUUGAAAAUCGCUACUUGUGCAAAGACGGUUCGUAUAAGUGGCUCUUAUGGAGUUCAACGGUAUCCGCGGAAGAGCAGUUGUAUUAUGCCGUUGCGCGAGACAUUACCGAACGUAAGUUAGCAGAAGUCCACUAUCGUGACCUGUACGAAAACGCGCCGGAUAUGAUGGCUGUCGUUGAUCUGGUUUCUGGAAAUAUUUUAGAAUGUAACCAAACCCUUGCAGAUGUUAUCGGUCGCAGCAAAGAGGAAAUUAUAGGCAAUUCCUUCUUGGAACUAUAUGCUUCUGAAUCGAUAGAGGCUGCGCGACAAACUUCCUCGGCGUUCAUCGAAACAGGUGAGGUUAUCAGACAGGAGCGGGCCCUUCGCCGGGCAGAUGGCAGCACCAUUGAUGUGCUGCUGCAAGCAACACCAAUGCGUGACGCAACCGGCAGGAUUAUCGCAAGUCGGUCAACGUGGCGAGACGUGACUAGGCAGAAAGAAGCGGAAAGGGCACUGGCUUCUCAAGAAGCACUCUAUCGGACGCUCAUUGAGGCAGCACCACAGGCAAUUUGGGUUGCAGACGCUGAUGGCCAGGUUGCUCUUCUGAACAAAGCUUGGCAUGAGUUUUCUGGACUCACCGACGAGGAAUCAUUGGGCACCCGGUGGGCAGAAGCGUUGCACCCUGAAGAUCUCCCGGACGUACUCGCAAAAUGGGAACGCGCAUAUACACACGGCGAGACAUACAGCGGCGAGUGUCGGUUUCGAGCUAAAGAUGGGUCCUAUGAAACUUUUAUUUUUAUUGGUGCCCCUGUUCGGGACGAUUCGGGGGAAAUUAUCAAUUGGGUCGGUAUUAAUACCAAUAUCGCCGAUCGAGUGCAAGCUGAGAUCGCAUUGCAGGAAGCCAAAGAUUCCGCUGAGUACGCAAACCGCGCCAAGAGUGAAUUUCUUGCCACCAUGAGUCAUGAACUUCGCACGCCGUUAAACGCAGUUAUCGGAUUUUCUGAGAUUUUGCGCGAUGAAAUCCUAGGAGGCAUUAACGACGAGCAGAGAGAAUUAGUCCUCGACAUCCGUACCAGCGGAAAUCAUCUUCUCGCUAUGAUUAACGAUAUUCUCGAUUUGUCAAAAAUCGAGGCUGGUAAAAUGGAGCUGCAACUGGAGAGUUUCUCCGUUAAGGAAGCGGUAACAGAGGUCAAUACCAUUAUUAAUGCCCUUGCAAAUGAGAAGCAGGUCCAACUGUCUCUCCAAUUUGAUCAGGACGUUUCAAUAGAAGCAGAUAAGAUUAAAUUCAAGCAAAUCCUCUACAAUCUUCUUUCCAAUGCCAUCAAGUUCACCGAUGAAGGUGGAAAAAUUACAACGAAGUUUGAAGUUUCCAAUUCAGCGUUGCUAGGGAGUGUGACUGAUACUGGUGUGGGCAUCUCGCCACAGGAUCGGACUAAACUGUUUCAACCCUUCACACAGCUCGACGCUUCAAGUGCCCGCGCACACAGUGGAACUGGAUUGGGGCUAGCAUUGACCAAUCGGCUGAUUCAAUUGCAUGGAGGGAAGAUCUGGGUUGACAGUGAGAUAAACGAGGGGAGCACCUUUUCCUUCACAUUCCCGCUGCACCAACAGGAACAAAAGGUUGAAGUCACUGCGCCAGAUGCCUCCAAUUCUGAAACUACCGCUUCUUUUGAUAAUAACCGCACCAUCUUAGUGGCUGAAGACAAUGAACAAGCCGCUCAACUUUUGGGAAUUUAUCUGACAGAGGCAGGAUACCAAGUAGAAUAUGCCACAGAUGGCGAAGAAGCCGUCGCAAAAGCUGCUGAAAUACACCCAUUUGCAAUCACGCUUGACAUUCUGUUGCCGAAAAAGGAUGGUUGGCAAGUGCUGAGAGAAAUGAAGACGAAACCAAACUUGCAAUCGAUUCCGGUCAUCAUCGUUUCGGUAACGGAAGAACGUCAACUAGCAUUUGGAUUGGGAGCGGUAGACCAUCUAGUCAAACCUAUUGAUAAAGAAGCACUUUUCGCUUCGCUCCGAUCUCUGAAACUACCUAAUUGGGGCGGCUCACCUCGUAUCCUUGUCGUUGACGAUGAUCCGCAGACGGUGCGCCUGCUGUCCACUGUACUGACCAACGAUGGGUAUGAAGUCCUGAAGGUGUAUGGGGGAGGCGAGGCGAUUGAAACAGCAAUUUCUCAAUCGCCGGAUCUAAUUAUUCUUGAUAUGAUGAUGCCUCAAGUGGAUGGAUUCCAAGUCAUUCGACAUUUAGCCGGUGAUCCGCGGACCUGUGACAUUCCUAUUAUUAUCUGCACAGCGUUGGAUUUCACUGACGAAGAUCGAGAUCGACUCAAUGGUCAGAUCCAGUCGGUUAUCCAAAAGACGGGCAACGUCAAAGAAGAACUGUUAGCCACAAUCAAACGAAUCGAACGUUUGCGAACGCCAACUCAGGAAGCGGAGACACACUCAUGA